GAAAUGUUUUCAUUUUUACAGCCGUCUGCCAUUCCGAAAUUUUUGAGUUAUUAGUAGGAGGAUCUGGUUGUCAAAAGCGGGAUAAAUCUUGAAAUGAGUAUACAGGCGUUUGAUAUAAUAUUCGCUGGAAAUUUGCCUAGUUUUUUCACUGACGCAUCCUCCUCGGCAACUAGUAUAACUUGUCUAGAAAUAUGCGGGGAUUUCUUGUAUCUAGGAUGCAAAGAAGGAUGUUUACUGAGGUGUUCCUUCCAGAAAUCCUGUCUCCUACCUGAACAGACAGUGAUAAUCACAAAAGCUAUUAAUUGCUAUUCCAGCAAUAGUGCUAUAACACAGAUGAAAGCAAUAUCAGCACUGAAUCAGUUGCUAAUACUUUCUAAUGAAACCUUGGCAAUUCUUGAUUUGGAAACUUUAACACUAGUCAGAACUCUGAAGUUUAAAUCUGUCACUUGUUUCCAUCUUAAUGAGAAUCCACUCAGUGAAGAUCCAUUUACAAUAGAGAUUUGUGCUGGAUCCAAGAGAAAAAUCCUCUUUCUUCAUCUAAGUGAGGAGGAUGUCAAAUUGGUCAAAGAAGUUUCUACAAGCCUAACACCUUCAACAUUGGUUAUUGAUGGAGCUCAUAUUUGCUUUGCUAUGGGCUUUAAAUAUUGCAUGUUGGAUAUUCUUUCUGGGGAUUUUCAACAGCUAUUUGACAUAGAUCCACAACAACCACCCCUUAUUCACAGAGUAUCAAAGGGAGAAUUUUUAUUGAAUGGGCCAGGUGGAUUGGGAGUAUUUGUUUUGUCUCAAGGAUUUUCAGAUAAACCUCCUAUUAAUUUCUCGAGUCCAGUCUCUGCUUUAGCUUUCCACCAUCCAUACGUCAUCGCAGUGUGUAGACAAGGCAUUGGUUUUUACAGUAUCAUCGAUCAGCAAUGUAAACAAACUAUUGCUAUUGACAACGUCCGCUCCAUCGUCAACGGGGAUGGCCAAGUCUUCGCAUCAACACAGAUUGACCUGUUUGCCUUACUUUCUAUAUCUUGGGAGACACAGUUCGAAAAAUUACUUGUUGAAAAUCGGAUGGAGGAGGCUCUCGAACUGGCAAAAAACGCCCAUAUCUCUUCCAAAGAAAGAGAACAACAUCAGCACAUGCUCAUAGAUCUCGAAAAAAAAGUAGCGUUGCAACGAUUUGCUUCUGCCCGAUUUUCAGAUGCAAUGGAAAUGUUUGAAACAUGCAACAUUGAUCCUCACGAGGUUAUCAGCUUGUAUCAUAAUCAGAUUUUUUCUGAAGAAGAUAUUCGAAGAAAAGCGUUGUUUUUUUUUGUCGACUUUCUUCAGCGUUGGAGAAUCAAGAAUUUAACUUCAGACCAGAAAACGGCUGUCGACAUGGCUCUUUUGAAGUACUUAGCAAAGAAUGAUCAGGAAGGAAUAGAAUUAUUCAAUUUCAUCGUCGACUGCCACACUGAGCCGAAUGAAACAUGUGACUGCUUGAAAAGUUACGGACACUUCCAUUGCUUGGCAACCUACUAUGCCUCUAGACAAAAAUGGGAAGAAGCAUUUUGCAUUUGGGAUAGAUUGAUCAAAUCCGAUAUUGAAGAUUCCCAUUUUUCCGGAUAUUCUCAUGUGGCCGAACAACUGAUGAAAUGUGGGGAUAUCUCUCUCGUUUGGCGAUUCAGCGGAGAGAUUUUGAAACGAGAUGAAGAAAUUGGCGCCAAAAUAUUUACCUCUGAAAAGUUGGCAUGCGUUAUGCCUCGCGCCGUGAUCGAUUAUUUACGAAACUAUCCUAGAAGCCUACGCAUUUUCCUCGAGUUUUUAGUUGACAAGAAAAACGAUGAGGAAUCAGUUCAUACGCAGUUAGCUCUGAUGUAUAUAGACGACAUUAAUUGCACUGGUUUGAACCGUAACAACCCUUCCCAUCGACUAACAACCAACAAACUAAGAAGCCUUCUUCGGACUUCUCAAAAAUUAGAAUUAACAAAAUUAUUGGAAAAGCUUAACACGCCUGGCUUCCCACACGAGCAUGCAAUUGUUUGUGGGAGACUUGGACAACAUAGUGCUGCCAUCAAUACGUUUAUAAAUCUUCUUCAGGAUUUUGAUGCUGCAGAGGAAUAUUGCGCUUGCAUAGAAGAUCCGAAGGCCUGGAAUGUUCUACUGACAGCGUGCGUAACAGAAGCCCAUAAUCAAAUGUUUGACCGUGUGGUAGAUUUGUUGCGCCGCCGUUCACAUCAAUUUGACGUCUCUUCAGCCCUACUUUGUCUUCCCGAUAGUACCAGAUUUAACGUAAUUGCCCCAUUCAUCAAUUUUGCAGUUCGCGAGGUAUUACAUAAAAGGAGAAUGAAAUUGGUUGAGAAGGGCCUACAGAAAAUGGACAAUUUCUCCAACAAGUAUGAAUUGAUCAGAUUAAAAACUGAAACUUUCAGUAUUCAAAAUGCAAGCUACUGUUGCGUUUGCAAAAAAAAGUUUGUAGCUACCGAUGGAUUUGUUCGCUAUCCCAACGGGGUAUUAACACAUGUUAAUUGUGCCACUAACAGACAAAUAUGUCCUUUAACAGGUCAUCUUAUUUAAAAUAGAUGUUCAAUAUAAUUCUUAAAUUUGUA